UAGGCUAUUGUGGCAGUCUGUGGCGAGCUGGUGCCGAGGAUACACGCUGUCUCUCCCCACUAGUUCUCUACAUUCCUCUUCUUGAUGGCUGCCUUAGUUCGUAGCAUUAACUUCGCAAAUGGAAAGUCAAUUCCUGCACUGGGACUUGGGACAUGGAAAUCUAAGCCCGGGGAGGUGACGGCGGCAGUGAAGGCGGCCAUCACAGCCGGCUACCGCCACAUCGACUGUGCUCAUCUCUAUGAUAAUGAACCCGAGGUAGGCGCCGCCAUCACGGCCAAGAUCCAGGAUGGCACCGUCACUCGCGACCAACUAUUCAUUACUAGCAAGCUGUGGAACACUGCUCACCAGAGGCAGUCUGUGGUGCCCGCCCUGCGCACCACCCUCGCCCACCUGGGCCUCUCCUACCUCGACCUCUACCUUAUACACUGGCCUACAGGCUUCAAGGAGGGUGGCGAAAUGCUGCCACAAGACGCCACGGGAAAGAUGCUGUACAGCGACGCAGACUACGUGGACACCUGGGCGGGAAUGGAGGAGUGUGUGAGCCUCGGCCUGACGACGUCCAUCGGGGUCUCCAACUUCAACAAGAGGCAACUGGAACGUGUCCUUGAAGUGGCCAAGGUCCCCGUGGUUAACAACCAGAUCGAGUCACAUCCAUAUUUAAACCAAAAGAAGCUGAUAGAAUUUUGCCAACUGAAAGGCAUCACUGUGACAGCCUACAGUCCCCUCGGCUCCCCGGACAGACCGUGGGCAACACGGAGUGACCCAGUGCUGACGGAGGAGCCAAAGGUCAGGGCGCUGGCAGAGAAGUACAAGAAGUCGCCUGCACAAAUCCUAAUCCGCUUCCAGCUUGACCGCGGCCUGAUAGUGAUCCCUAAAUCUGUCACAAAGUCUCGCAUCGAGGCAAACAUCCAGGUAUGGGACUUCCAGUUAUCAGCAGAGGACAUAGAGCUUCUGGAGAGCUUAGAGUGCAACGGCCGCGUCUGUCAUUCCAACGAAAUAAGUGAUCACCCGUACUACCCCUUCCACGACGAGUACUAACCAUCAGGAAGACCUAGAAGACUCUUGCUGAUCUUCACUAUGAGUACUGGCAACUAUUGCUGAUCUUCACGAUGAGUACUGACAACUAGAGCACACGAGUCAUUCCGUCUUCCUCAUAAACUUCCCAUCAUCUGCACACCCGUGCCCACUGCAAUUCUCGUGUUUCCUACUUGUUAACCACAGUCACUCUUGCCAACACCCAGAGUACUGUUGCGUCGCCAGACCAUCCGGCUCGCAGUGCCCCUCGUCGUGCUAAUGUCACCCUCCCUCUCCUACCACCUCCUAAUCUAUUGCCGAAUAAAAUUACCGUUGCUGUGUGCUUUCUA